CGCCGUGAGAGGCUGAGGGCUCUUCCUGAUGCACCGCGGUGUCCCGCCCCUCUACCCCCGCUCAAUCUCGCGUGCCGAGCGAUACCAGCCGGCUAGCAUGCCGCUCACACAUUAGCAUCGACUUUAACUAUAUCUCAGUACAAAUACAUGCUGUCCGUGUGCGACAAGGAAGCUAAGUUGUAAGUAGUAAAGAGCAGUGUCACGCGUUAAGCCGGAGAGGUGUGUGAGUGGCCUGUGACCGACACACCGCGGUAGAACAUGGCGGAGCACCGCGCCACCUCCGACUCUAAGCACAAAGCAAGUCCGAACUCCAGCGGCUCGUUGUCGGGGAACGGACGAGCGAACACUCCGGCCGUGUGCGGUGCUGGAGGCCUGUCCGGUGGGCUAACACAGCCUGCAGGAUGGCAGUCUCUCCUCUCAUUCACCAUCCUGUUUCUGGCCUGGUUAGCGGGCUUCAGUUCUCGGCUCUUCGCCGUGAUACGAUUUGAGAGCAUCAUCCAUGAGUUUGACCCUUGGUUCAACUACAGGUCAACUCAUUACCUCAGUACUAAUGGCUUUUAUGAAUUUCUCAACUGGUUCGACGAGAGGGCAUGGUAUCCACUUGGCAGGAUCGUGGGAGGCACGGUGUAUCCAGGUCUCAUGGUGACUGCAGGUCUAAUCCACUAUCUCCUGAACCUGCUCCAUGUGACCGUGCACAUCCGUGAUGUGUGUGUUUUCCUGGCUCCGAUCUUCAGUGGCCUGACUGCCAUCUCCACCUUCCUGCUGACGAGAGAGUUGUGGAAUCAAGGCGCCGGGCUGCUGGCUGCCUGUUUCAUUGCUAUCGUUCCCGGUUACAUCUCUCGCUCCGUAGCAGGUUCUUUCGACAACGAGGGCAUCGCCAUCUUUGCUCUGCAGUUUACUUACUACCUUUGGGUGAAGUCUGUGAAGACUGGAUCGGUCUUCUGGGCCAUUGGCUGUUGCCUCUCCUAUUUCUAUAUGGUGUCUGCGUGGGGAGGCUAUGUUUUCAUCAUCAACCUGAUCCCGCUGCAUGUGUUUGUUCUGCUGCUCAUGCAGCGCUACAGCAGGAGGCUUUAUAUUGCUUACAGCACGUUUUAUAUUGUGGGCUUGGUGCUGUCCAUGCAAGUCCCAUUUGUGGGCUUCCAGCCCAUAAGGACAAGUGAGCACAUGGCUGCAGCAGGUGUCUUUGCCCUCCUGCAGGCAUAUGCCUUCUUGCAGUAUCUCAAGGACAGGCUGACUAGGCAGGAGUUCCAGACCCUUUUCUUUCUUGGGGUGUCACUGGCCGCAGGGGCGGUUUUCCUCACGGUCAUCUAUCUCACCUACACAGGCUACAUUGCACCUUGGAGUGGUCGUUUUUACUCCCUGUGGGACACUGGAUAUGCUAAGAUCCACAUCCCCAUCAUUGCUUCGGUAUCAGAGCACCAACCUACCACCUGGGUCUCCUUCUUCUUUGAUCUUCACAUCCUGGUGUGCACGUUCCCAGCAGGGCUUUGGUUCUGCAUCAAGAACAUCAACGAUGAGCGUGUUUUCGUGGCUCUGUAUGCCAUCAGCGCCGUGUACUUUGCGGGCGUUAUGGUGCGACUCAUGCUGACGCUGACUCCAGUGGUGUGCAUGCUAUCAGCCAUUGCUUUCUCCAGCGUGUUCGAACACUACCUUGGAGACGAAACGAAGAAAGAGAAGCCACCAGCAGAAGACAGUAGCGACGAAGAUGACAAGAGGAACUCAGGAAAUCUCUAUGACAAGGCAGGGAAAGUGCGCAAACACAUAUCUGAGCAAGACCGACAGGAGGAGGGCCUGGGGCCCAACAUCAAGAGCAUAGUCACCAUGUUGAUGCUGAUGCUGCUGAUGAUGUUUGCUGUGCACUGCACCUGGGUCACCAGCAAUGCCUACUCCAGUCCCAGCGUAGUGCUAGCUUCUUACAACCAUGACGGGUCAAGGAACAUUUUGGAUGAUUUCCGCGAGGCGUAUUACUGGCUGAGGCAGAACACAGACGAGCACGCACGGGUCAUGUCAUGGUGGGAUUACGGAUAUCAGAUAGCGGGCAUGGCUAACCGAACUACACUGGUGGACAACAACACCUGGAACAACAGUCACAUAGCGCUGGUUGGCAAGGCCAUGUCCUCUAACGAGAGUGCUGCAUUCGAGAUUAUGAAAUCCUUGGAUGUCGAUUACGUCCUUAUCAUUUUUGGCGGCGUGAUCGGAUACUCGGGUGACGACAUUAAUAAGUUCCUGUGGAUGGUGCGCAUUGCAGAAGGAGAGCACCCUAAAGACAUCAGGGAGAGUGACUACUUCACCCCUCAGGGAGAAUUUAGAGUAGAUAAGGCCGGCUCUCCUACCCUACUCAACUGCCUCAUGUACAAAAUGUCUUACUACCGCUUUGGAGAGAUGCAGCUGGACUUCCGCACACCACCUGGGUUCGACCGGACACGGAAUGCUGAAAUUGGCAAUAAGGACAUUCGUCUGAAACACCUUGAGGAGGCGUUUACUUCCGAGCACUGGUUGGUGCGAAUUUACAGAGUGAAGAAGCAGGAGAACCGGCAGCCGCUGGACCACAAGCUCCGUAAUGUCGUAGCCAAACAGAAGUACACCUCAAAAAAGACAGCCAAGAGGAAGAGAGGAUUCAUAAAAAAUAAACUGAUCCUGAAAAAAGGCAAGAAACUGAAUAAAAAGUCAGUUUAGUUGCCAAACGGAAAAUGG